UGGUCAGUGCCCGGUACGUUCCCCAUCCGCGCGUUGCUUAGCAGGCUACUGAAAAGCGUUCUUUAUUGUCUUUCAUCCGACCCCACCCCUUCUCAUAGCAUCCUAGCAAAUCCCCGGUGGUGACUGGAGAGUUAAACGCUGAAAACUCGUAGGGUAAGCAACUACACAUGUAUUUUGUUCGAAUUCAAUAGCUUUUUGUGCAGAGUUUUACCAGCCUAGGCCUACUCUCUUUCUACAUCAGUCUUGGGCUUUCGUAAUUCCUCUCAACUGAGAUUUCCUGGUUUACAUCGAGUUUCAGUAUUUUUUUUCUACUCAUCCCCCCCUCCCCCUCUAGCGUUGCCAAUGCAACACAGAUAGCAGCUGUCUCUGAACACUGUCGUUCUUGGAAAACCUGUGGCACUGAGUGUCUUUUUGGUCUCCGCUUUCUCACUCUGUCUAGAUAGUCUCCAUCCAAGACCACCAACAUGUUGGACCCAUCUUCCAGUGAGGAGGAAGCGGAUGAGAUGGUAGAAGAAGAACGCAAAGAGGUGUCGGCACCAAAUACCGGGGGCGCACGGGUGUCACCCAGCCGCACCACCGAGAGUUCUGGUGGGCUCCAGCCCUCGAGCCGGGGAAGCAGUGCUCGCCCAUCCAGCCCCAGCCCCUCGGUGGCCAGCGAUAAGGAGAAAGAUGAUCUGGAAAAGAUGCAGAGGGAGGAGGAAGAGCGAAAGAAGAGGCUCCAGCUCUAUGUCUUUGUAAUGCGCUGCAUUGCCUACCCUUUUAAUGCCAAGCAACCGACCGACAUGGCCAGACGACAGCAGAAGAUCAGUAAGCAGCAGCUACAGACAGUGAAGGAGCAUUUCCAGGCCUUCCUAAGUGGUGACACCCAGAUAGUGGCAGACGAGGCCUUUAUCAAUGCAGUCCAAAGCUACUAUGACAUAUUUUUGAAAAGUGACCGUGUGUGCCGGAUGGUCCAGAGCGGAGGCUGCUCGGCCAGUGACUCGCGGGAGGUCUUCAAGAAGCACAUUGAGAAGCGUGUCCGCAGCCUGCCCGAGAUCGACGGUCUGAGUAAAGAGACGGUGCUCAGCUCCUGGAUGGCCAAGUUUGACACCAUCUACCGUGGAGAGGAGGACCCCAGGAAGCACCAGCAACGGAUGACUGCCAGCGCAGCCUCAGAGCUCAUCCUCAGUAAGGACCAGCUCUAUGAGAUGUUCCAGUCCAUCCUGGGCAUCAAGAAGUUUGAGCACCAGCUCCUCUACAACGCCUGCCAGCUUGAUAACCCAGAUGAGCAGGCUGCUCAGAUCAGGAGAGAGCUGGACGGACGACUGCAGAUGGCUGAUCAGAUCGCCAGGGGCGGCAGGUUUCCCAAGUUUGUUUCCAAAGAGAUGGAGGCCAUGUUCAUAGAGGAGCUGAGAUCCUCAGUGAACCUGCUUAUGGCUAACCUGGAGAGCAUGCCGGUGUCCAAGGGAGGAGAGUUCAAACUGCAGAAGCUCAAACGAGGACACAACAGCUCCAUCAUAGACAUGGGCCAGGAGGACGAGAACACACUGUCCAAGUCUGAUGUGGUGCUUUCCUUCACUCUGGAGGUGGUGAUUGUGGAGGUUCAGGGGUUAAAGUCUCUGGCGCCCAAUCGAGUCGUCUACUGCACCAUGGAGGUGGAGGGGGGGCAUAAGCUCCAGACUGACCAGGCCGAGGCCUCCAAACCAACCUGGGGGACCCAGGGGGACUUCACCACCACACACCCCCUGCCAGCCGUAAAGGUGAAGCUGUUUACUGAGAGCACAGGAGUACUGGCCCUGGAGGACAAAGAGCUGGGCAGGGUUGUGCUCCAUCCGACCCCCAACAGUCCCAAACAGUCAGAACUACACAAGAUGUCCGUGUCCAAAGGCUGCCCUGACAGUGACCUGAAGAUCAAACUGGCCAUCCGCAUGGACAAACCACAAAACAUGAAGCACUGUGGGUACCUAUGGGCUAUUGGUAAAAAUGUGUGGAAGAGAUGGAAGAAGAGAUUCUAUGUCUUGGUGCAGGUGAGCCAGUAUACCUUUGCCAUGUGCAGCUACAGAGAGAAGAAGGCAGAGCCUGUGGAGCUGCUCACACUGGACGGCUACACUGUAGACUACACCGACCCUCAGCCAGGUUUGGAAGGUGGGAGGACCUUCUUCAACGCAGUGAAGGAGGGCGACACUGUGAUCUUUGCCAGUGAUGACGAGCAGGACCGUAUCCUGUGGGUCCAGGCCAUGUACCGGGCCACGGGCCAGUCCCACAAGCCCAUCCCCCCCACCCAGGUCCAGAAACUCAACAACAGAGCCGGGUCUGCACCCCAGCUAGAUGCACCCAUCUCCCAGUUCUACGCGGACCGGGCACAGAAACAUGGCAUGGAUGAGUUCAUCUCAGCCAACCCCUGUAGUUUCGACCACUCUUCCCUAUUUGAGAUGGUGCAGCGCCUCACCUUGGACCACAGGCUCAAUGACUCCUAUUCCUGUUUGGGCUGGCUCAGUCCAGGCCAGGUGUUUGUCAUGGAUGAGUACUGUGCUCGUAAUGGUGUGCGGGGGUGUCACAGACACCUGUGUUACCUGGGCGACCUGCUGGAGCGGGCGGAGAACGGGGCUAUGAUUGACCCCACCCUGCUACACUACAGCUUUGCUUUCUGUGCCUCACACGUCCACGGCAACAGGCCUGACGGGAUAGGGACGGUGACUGUGGAGGAGAAGGAGCGCUUUGAGGAUAUCAAGGAGAGGCUGCGUGUUCUGCUGGAGAACCAGAUCACACACUUCAGGUACUGUUUUCCAUUUGGUCGACCGGAGGGGGCCCUGAAAGCCACUUUGUCCCUGCUUGAGAGGGUGCUGAUGAAGGAUAUCGUCACCCCUGUGCCCCAGGAGGAGGUGAAGACAGUCAUCCGUAAAUGUCUGGAGCAGGCAGCCUUGAUUAACUACCAGCGCCUCUCAGAAUAUGCCAAAGUAGAAGGGAAAAAGAGAGAAAUGUAUGAGCAUCCUGUCUUCUGCUUGGCGUCUCAAGUGAUGGAUUUAACCAUUCAGAAUGUAGGGCGCUUAGUCACCCCUGCCAAAAAGCUGGAGGACACCAUACGUCUGGCCGAGCUGGUCAUCGAGGUCCUCCAACAGAACGAGGAGCAUCACGCAGAGGCAUUUGCGUGGUGGUCAGACCUGAUGGUGGAACAUGCAGAGACCUUCUUGUCUCUGUAUGCAGUGGACAUGGAUGCUGCACUGGAGGUUCAGCCCCCUGACAGCUGGGACAGCUUCCCUCUCUUCCAGUUGCUUAAUGACUUCCUGAGGACCGACUAUAACCUGUGCAAUGGGCAGUUCCACAAACACCUGCAGGACCUAUAUGCCCCACUGGUGGUGCGAUAUGUGGACCUCAUGGAGUCAUCCAUCGCCCAGUCCAUCCACAGGGGCUUCGAGAGAGAGUCCUGGGAGCCUGUCAAGAACCUAACAAGUAAUGUGCCUGAUUUGAAUCUACCAAAUGUCAACCUCCAAAUGCCCAAAGUAACAAAUCUACCGCCAGUUAGCUUCUCAACAAUGCCUAGCUUUUCUACACCCAACUGGAUUGCAACUACAUGUGACUCAGUUAAUGGCUCGGGAACGUCAGAGGACCUGUUCUGGAAGCUGGAUGCUCUACAGACCUUCAUCAGAGACCUGCACUGGCCUGAGGAGGAGUUUGGCAAACACCUGGAGAGCAGGCUGAAACUCAUGUCCAGCGACAUGAUCGAGUCCUGCAUCAAACGGACGCGGGUGGCCUUUGAAGCCAAGCUUCAGAAGAGCAGUCGGACCACAGACUUCCGCGUGCCUCAGUCCAUCUGCACCAUGUUCAACGUGAUGGUGGAUGCAAAGGCCCAGUCAGCCAAGCUGUGUGCCAUGGAGCUGGGACAGGAGAGACAGUACCAUUCCCAAAUUGACGCUCUCAUAGAGGAGACUGUGAAGGAGAUGAUCACCUUACUAGUAGCAAAGUUUGUGGUCAUUCUAGAUAGUGUCCUAGCCAAACUGUCCAGAUACGACGAGGGCACUCUCUUCUCCUCCUUCCUCUCUUUCACAGUGAAAGCUGCCUCAAAGUAUGUGGAUGUACCUAAGCCUGGGAUGGAUGUUGCUGACGGUUACGUGACCUUUGUGCGCCAUUCUCAGGACAUGCUGCGGGAUAAGGUCAAUGAGGAGGUUUACAUAGAAAGGUUAUUUGAUCAAUGGUACACCAGCACCAUGAACCUCCUAGGUACGUGGCUAACUGACCGGAUGGACCUGCAGCUCCAUGUCUACCAGCUCAAGAUCCUAAUCAGAGUAGCCAAGAAAACGUACCGUGACUUCCGGCUGCAGGGCGUCCUGGACUCCACGCUGAACAGUAACAUGUAUGACACGGUGAGGAACAGACUGACCCUGGAGGAGGCCACGGCGUCGGUGAGGGAAGGAGGGAUGGCGGGCAUAUCCAUGAAGGACAGUGAUGAAGACGAUGAUGAUGUCUAGAUCAACAUCACGGGAUGAAGGAGCCAUUCUAUCUCUGUCAGAUAGAAAUACCCACAAUGGAACAAAAAUACAAAUUAAUAACUGAAUACAGAAAUUAUAAUGAUAUUAGUCAUUAGAAUUUUGAAAUAUAUUUAAUUGUUUAACUAAAGUGUAGGUGUUUUAUGAAACAAGUUAGCAGAGAUUUCUGGCUCAUUCUCCUAAAUUCACUCCUGAAUGUUCCUAAGCAAUAUGGAGAACCAUGUGUAUGUGGUGUUGAGUACAAUGAUUAGGGGUAAUGCUUGGUGUGUCCAUGUUGAAUGCAAACCUGUUGAGGCGCUUUGUUAACGUACUGUGAAAACAGUAAUGGUACAUCAUUGUGAGGAGGAGAGUAGGACCUAUUGUUCUUAUUCCUCUCAGAGCGAAUGUCUACUGGCUAAAGGGAACCAAACCACAGUCAGACAGUCAACCUGUUUGUAUCUAGGUUACAAUACAUUAUAAAACGUAGCUAUCAGUCCUCUCUUAACAACAUCGAUGUAGAAUUGACUUUUGUCGACUGAAUUCAGUACUACUACAAAAAUGUUCCCUCACUGGUAAAACAUUUAGCCCCCUUUUUUAAACAAUGUCAUUUUUUUUGUUAAAUGCAAUAUUUUCAUUGUUUCAUUGUUAUAUCUUGUGGAUGUAUUUAUUGAUCAUUUUAUGUUUAAAAUUUAUUUAUUUUUUAAUAUAUAUAUUUUAGUAACAGUGAGCUCCAAAAGUAUUGGGACAGUGACAAAUGUUUUGUUGUUUUGGCUCUGUACUCCAGCACUUUGGAUUUUAAUGAUUCAAUGACAGUGAGGUUAAAGUGCAGACUGUUAGCUUUAAUUUGAGGCUAUUUUCCUCCAUAUCGUGUGAACAUUAAUGUAGAAGUGUUAAGAAACAUAUUAUACUCUUAUUUACAAGUCAUUGUAUUAUUUCAAAUCCAAAGUGCUGGAGUGCAGAGCCAAAACAACAACACAUUUGUCACAGUCCCGAUAUUUUUGAAGCUCACUGUGUAUAAUAGCACUCAGCACAAAAAUAUGAAAUCACAAAGGGAAAAGAGACUUUCUUCUGUGUCCCCUAUACUUCAGCCAUUCCAGGAGAUGUUUCCACACUUUUAUAUCUGGAUUGUGAGAGAUGAUGUAUGCCAGUCUUUUCUCUGCCGUUGAUGUUGUUUUCUAUAUACACACACUGUGCAUUGCCCCUUGUGCAGUUACUGUAUGUCCCAUGUAUCCUCACAAAAAGCGUUUUUGUUCUCUGUGUAAAGUUACUGCUGGAGUCAUUGUGCUUCUGCCUUACGGGAGGCUACAAAACUGGUAGCCUGGUCCCAGAUCUGUUUGUGCUUUUGCGUUCUCCAUUGUCAUUGUCAAACCAAUUUCCUAAGCAGUUGACAAGAGAGCAGAAACAGACUGGCACCCAGGCUACAGAACUGGGGCCAACAAAAUAAAAAUACAACUAUCUGUACAAACAUA